AUGGUUCGAACCCGACCUCCGCCGCUUGACUCCUCCUGUCUAGGCUUGGGCGACCUGACAGUAUCCCAACCCUCGUGCAACCUUCAGGUGGCAUGCUGUAGCACCCUUUCGGUGCCUAGCUGCCAUGUCACCCGAAGGUUACACGAGGGAUGGGAUACUGCCAGGUCGCCCAAGCCUAGACAGCGGACGCGGGAGGCACAGGUCGGGUUCGAAACCACAGGCUUCCGAAACAAAUUAGCGUUCGAGAAAUACACUAAUUUGCAAAUCAAUUUGGUUCUCACCAGAGAAUCAACUGAAUCUCUCGUUUAUGAUAUUAUACAACUGAAUGCCCUGCACACAGGCUGCCUCAUGAUUCAGUUGGCACGAUAUUCCAGAUAUCGUACUACUCACAAGGUUGUUGAAAACUCCUCGACAGCCCAUGGCAGGUUGACGGGAACUCGGGGACUGCGCCUACCUGAUGAACCCGAAACAGAAGGGCGAAACCAAUCGUGCUGGGACACGUUGCACCAAUCGCUUGAAAUUAGAGUGAAUCCUGUGCGAUUAUCGAACAGCAAGUCUCGAGAUCGAAGCUUGGCGGAAGCCAACUAA